AUGGUUUACUUAUACGACGGUGGAAUCUAUGGCAUUAAAGGAAGGGACCACGAAAAUGCAUUACAACAGGAUACCGGUAUAUUCCCAGGCGCUCAUCAUAACACAAAAGUUUUCAAUAUAGGAAGAAAUCCUGUUUACUGCAUCUUGAGAUAUGGCACAAAAAUUUCAUGGAUUGGAAACGUUACGAGCGCCGUGGUUGAGCCCGGUGAAACGAAAGUCCUUUCUAAUGGAGGACGUCCCUACUAUGUAACUGGAUUGAAGAUGCAAAACGACACUGAUCAACGAGUCAUCGUGUGUGCUCAUUAUGAAUAUGGCGGCGGCGGCUAUUCACCAGGUGGUUUCGAGUUCGAUUUAAACAUUAACAACGUUCUGAGGGAACUGGUUUCCACCGGGAUCAAGUAUGUACCAUACGUGGGAGCUGGAUUAUCGUUCCUGGUGAAAACGUUUUGGCCUGAACAGAAGAAAAGCGUUUGGGAACAAGUAAAGGAUCAGGUCAGUGUGCUUGUCGACAAAAAAAUUCAAGACGCCAUUGAUGCACUGUUGGCUGGUGAUAUUUCUCAGUACAAGUCCAGAAUUGAAACCGUCGUUGAAGAGAUAGAAUCCAAGAAUGGUGCACCUGUGCAUUAUAUGAAUAUUGCCCAGGACUUAAUCGGAUUUGAGAACAAAUUUAUUUUCUCAAAAUCCCAUCCAGAUUACAAGAAAAUCAAUUACAACUUGUUGCCCAUGUAUUCCCACGUCAUUCAUAUGAAACUGAUGUAUUACCUCAUUGGCGUGGACCAGAAGGACAAAAUUGGCUUAUCUACUGAAAAUGUAGAAGACAUAAAAAAAUAUGCUGAUAAAUUGUUAAAUCACAGCGAAAAUGGAGCCUUUGCCUACGUCAAAAAGGUGUACAAAGAGCAAGUCGAUAAUUGCUACGAUACUGUGGAUGUGAGAGGCUUCUAUAACAGCAUGAUGUCGACUAGAUCUUAUGUAGCUGUAAAUGGACUUGAAUAUAUUCCAAUUUGGGAUUUCAUGCUAAAAAAUCCCUCCGUCAAAGAACCCAAAAUUUACAAUGACGCCAUCUCAUACUCCAUAUAUCAUGGGAGACAAACAUCUGAUCUCGCAAGAGUAGCUUCACCUGAAGAGCAGGCUGAACCUUUGACUCCAAGACUUAUUGAUGGAAAAAGAAACAAAAUCAAAAGUGUUGUCGUUUAUAUUUGGCGCAUCAACAGUGGACAAGGUCAACCAAAAAUUGGUGGUUUGAAGGUGAACUUCGAAGAUGGCAAGGAAUACAUGAUGGGCCGGUCCAAUAGCGAAAACAGAACUAUUGAAUGGAAGAAUGCUAAACUGGUAAAACUAUCCGUUUGGGGAUAUGGAGCUUUAGAUCUUCUUACGUUCAAGUUUAGUGAUGGAAGGGAAGAAACUGUGGGUACUAAUGAUAAUUCGAGGGGUGAAGUCACUCAUUUUGAGUUGGAAAAACAUCACAUUGUAGGAAUGGUUCUCGCUAAUGAUUUUUCUAGCACUGCAGGUCAAGCUAACAACAUUGCUGUCUCUUAUCAAUUAACUGUUGAUUGA